CCCAACGCCAACGCAAGGGAAUAUAUAUAUACUAUGUUAAUAAAAAAAUUUGCCCCGUGGAAUUUCUUAUCUGCCCUUUACCUGCUCCGUUCAGGUUCAAUUAAUGUGGACCGGAUUACGGAGCGGCUCACCGGCGAAUAGAUUUGAUUAGCGCAAUAAGGGGCAAUCUCGUCUUCCAACCUUCCGACGGCCCGCCAUUAAUAAAGAUCCCUCCCGUCCCUCGCCCUCUGAUUCGCGCAAAUUUCCUCCAUUCGUCAUCGCGUUACCUCGAAGCUAGUAUAGGGAGAAACAUGGUUGCCCAGGAUCCAAGGCAGGAAGUGAUUCAGGCAUGGUACAUGGAUGAUAGCAAUGAGGAUCAGAGGCUUCCCCAUCACAAAAAUCCACCUGAAUAUGUUUCCCUGGACAAACUGGCAGAGCUUGGAGUGCUCAGUUGGCGCUUGGAUGCUGACAACUAUGAAACUGACCAAGAGCUGAAGAAGAUUCGCGAAGAUCGUGGAUAUUCCUAUGUGGAUUUCUGUGAGGUUUGCCCCGAGAAGUUGCCAAACUAUGAGCAGAAAAUAAAGAAUUUCUUUGAGGAGCAUCUUCACACUGAUGAAGAGAUUCGCUAUUGUGUGGAUGGAAGUGGUUAUUUUGAUGUGAGGGAUCAGAAUGACAAGUGGAUCCGUGUGGCGGUGAAGAAAGGAGGAAUGAUUGUGUUACCUGCUGGUAUUUACCACCGUUUUACACUGGAUACUGACAACUACAUCAAGGCAAUGAGGCUAUUUGUUGGUGAUCCCAUUUGGACGCCAUUCAAUCGCCCACACGACGAGCUGCCAGCUAGGAAGGAAUAUCUGCAGGCCUUUGUGGAAGGCGGGGAUCAUGCUGUGGAUGCUACCGCCUAGAAGAUUUACCGUACUUCUUUCCCUGCGACCAGCCACUAAAUAGAAAAAUAAAGAUAUAUUGGACGUUGACACAUUUGUAUGGUAUCGGUGUCGUUGUUUAUCGUAUGUUAAGUGUGUGUAUCAGUUUCUUGGGUACUUGGUGAACUCUGUUGGGUAAUUAGCUCGAUGUCGACCUGCAUUUGCAUUGCGAAUGGAUGUGGCUGGAUGGAAACAUUUGCUUAUACACCUAUAUUUGUGAUUGAUAUCAAGUAGUUUAUGCAUAAACUCAGUUUCAUACCUGAUCAGCUUAAAGAAGGUGAAGGAGAAGCUGAUGGCGCAGCAAGUUCAAGCUCACAGAGAGUGUUGCAAUGUGGCAGAUCAAUAAUAGCCGUGGUACAAAAAUAGUGGUAUCUGUAGCAACAAGAGUUUAUUGGCACAGUAAAUUCAGAGCCCAGUAAUUAUAUUUGUAAUUAUUGUUCUAAUCCGAGCCCAGUAAAUCCAUGUGAAAAAGAUGAGAACUGUAUGUAAAC